AUGGCCGCUCCCGAAGCUCAUCACCUCUUCCACAACCCAAUCGCCGAUCAUUCUUUCUCUCCGGAUAAGGCGACCCUUGCAGUUGCGCGGGAAAACAAUGUGGAGCUUUAUCAGAAGUCAGGCAACAAGUUCUCGUUGACCGAUGAACUCAAGGGCCAUGAGAAGACGGUGACUGGUGUGGAUAUCGCUCCUAACAGUGGGCGUAUCGUUACUUGUUCUCAGGACCGCAACGCCUACGUCUGGGAGCGGACCCCCACGGGUUGGAAGCCAACGCUGGUUCUCCUUCGGAUAAACAGGGCUGCUACAUUUGUACGGUGGUCACCAUCUGAACAGAAGUUCGCUGUUGGAUCUGGUGCUCGCGUGAUCGCGGUGUGCUAUUUUGAAGAGGAGAAUGACUGGUGGAUCUCGAAGCACUUGAAGAAGCCCAUCCGCAGCACUAUUACGACCCUUGCUUGGCAUCCAAACUCCGUUCUUCUGGCUGCGGGGUCGACUGACUCCCAUGCCCGGGUGCUUUCUAGCUUCAUCAAGGGUGUCGACACGCGCCCGGAGCCCAGUGCCUGGGGUGAACGGCUGCCUUUCAACACAAUUUGUGGCGAAUUCUUAAAUGACUCGGCGGGCUGGAUUCAAGGUGUAUCCUUCUCUCCCAGUGGAGAUGCGCUUGCCUUUACUGGCCAUGAUAGCAGUGUCACCGUCGUAUAUCCGAGCGCGCCGGAACAGCCGCCUCGGGCGAUGUUGACCAUCGCCACUCGUCUUCUGCCUUUCAACAGUCUGAUCUGGAACGGCGAGAACGAGAUCAUCGCCGCAGGCCACGAUUGCGAACCGUACCGCCUUCGCGGUGACGAGAACGGAUGGCAACUUGCUGGGACCAUUGAGAGCAAGGCAGGGCCGGGUGCUGGAAGCGCUCGCGAGGAGUCUGCUCUUAACAUGUUCCGCCAAAUGGAUCUUAAGGGACAAACCCAGGCCGAUACCCAACUUAAGACUACGCAUCAGAAUACCAUCAGCACCGUCAGAGUCUACGAGGAGGCCGACGGCGUCACAUGGAAUACUGGGCCGUUUCUAUCGGACUCUUGUGGAUACAUAGCAGUUUCGCAUUCGCCGUCACCUAACCGUAUCAUCGUCGCUUUCCGUGGUACCUACUCGAUUACCAACACGAUUGUUGAUUUAUCUGCCUAUCCACAAGCCUAUGUGCCGUACAACACCGGACAUAAGAAUGGCAAAAAAGAACCAAGCUGUUACAAUUGCACUGUCCACGCCGGUUUCUUCACUUCGUGGCAGAACACGCGCUCGACGAUACUCGACCACGUCGCAGCCGCAAGGGAGCAAUAUCCCGACUAUAAGUUGGUUCUAGUUGGCCACUCACUUGGUGGGGCGGUUGCUGCGCUGGCUGGUAUUGAGAUGCAGCUGCGAGGUUGGGAACCUACGGUGACGACAUUUGGAGAACCGAAGGUUGGAAACAGGGCCUUUGCCGAUUUCCUGGGUAAGAUAUUCAGGUUGGACGAGAACUCCGCAUGGCGGUUUCGCAGGGUCACGCAUGUUUAUGACCCUGUGCCCCUCCUGCCACUGGAGGAAUGGGGAUAUGCGAUGCACGCGGGGGAAAUCUUUAUCUCCAAGGAAGACCUUCCGCCAUCUGUAGAUGACGUUCACUUCUGCGAGGGCCCUCGCGAUGCACGAUGCAUAUCAGGGGAAGGAGGGGAAAUGGCCUUGGCGGCCGCUCUUCAUGAAAGGGCGUCUCUGGCUGCAGAUGCGAAGUCGCAGGCUGGCUGGUCUGACGCUGAAUCUACCGAGCAGCACAAUAUGCCAGACGGACAUAUAUCUCAAACACCCUUGCACGUGCAGGAAGGUGCCAUGAAGCACCGGGGCUUAUUUGAUCUACCAAGACGACUUAUCCCGUCUAGAUACCACCUAUGGGAACUCUUGUUCUCCCAUCGGGACUACUUUUGGCGAGUUGGGCUCUGUGUCCCUGGUCGUGACCGGGCAGGCAAGGGGUGGUGGACGUCGGAUUCGUAG